GUCCUUUGUGUCAAACAGCAAACUACGUCCGAGAGGCGUUCGAGAAUUUAGCAAGAAUAUGUAACCAUGAGAUUUUCUGGUGAGUCGAGGCCGGGCUUUGUCUCUCAGUUUUGACUCUUCCGAGUCUUCGUCCCAGCCUGCCUUGGUUUGGAGUUGCACCAAGUAUUAGGUCCUAUUAGGAAGAGUUAAAAAGUGUGUGAGUAAGGAGGAGAGGACUCUGAGGAGCGUACCGACGUUUGGGAGCAGUGUAAAUUGUAAUAGAUCCUUCUGUGACCAUGGAGGAGGGCGAGCUGCUGGAAGAAGGAGAAUUGAGUGACGUUGAGGCGGCUGCUCCCAUCCACAUCGAAGAGCCUCGUCAAGCCUCCAAUCGGCAUGACGCAGACAGGAGCGUCGAGCCGCCUUUCAAACGGCGCCGAAGAUUUGAGGACGAACCCGGCGCUUCUCCAUCCGCUUCCAUUGACAUCGUCUCUCCAGCGCGCUCGUCGGGUCGAAAUGGCGUGGAAGUGGUGCAGGCCCCCACCGCAAAGGAUGACAUCAUCAGGGCGUCCCCUGCUGACCAGCAGGAGGCGCAGCGGCGCCGCGAGGUCCACUCUGAGCUGGUCGCCCUGUACAAGGCUUACAGCAAGGUGAAACAGGGGGCGGCCCGGUGCCACGCGCAGAAAGGGGGGCAACUCGUCAAGGAAGCCGAGACGGCGCUCAUGGCGGUUGCGGAUGCAACCAAAGGCCCUCCAGAGGUGGCCCACAUUGCAGCCAGCCUCCUGCCCCGGUAUGCGGUCCUCUGCCCCCAACUCCUGCAAGCCACAUUCGAGGCACUGCGCGAGUUGUACCUCUCGAUCCAAGAAAGCGCCAGUGACGACGGCAGAAGCCAAGCAGCGGCCGCUAAAGUCGCGCAAUCAACACUGGGGGGCAUGGUGGAAUUGCUGGCCGCAGUAACGGCGGGGGUAAGGUCGGGGAGCCUAGAACCACAGGAAGCGGCGGACGUGCCAGACAGAGUGGCAUCGUUUCUCUUGGAGGAACUGGGGUCUGAGAUGCUGCCGCGACCUAGAGCUGAAUACUCCCGGGACGAGGUUCUUCAUGGUAGCUCAUCAGCGCCUUUCUUCGGACCGUCGGACCCGUAUGGUUAUCUCCGGAGAGCUGUCACGAGUCCUUCCGCAGUCGCCAUGACAGCGCGGCUCACGGCUGCGGCGGCUGCUUCGGGGUUCGUUGCAUCGCCGUGCGCUUUCCUCAAGGCCGCGUUCAGCGGACUUGCGGGGUCGGAAAAGGAGCAAGGAGCCUCUGCGCACUUCCUAGAGAGUAUUCUCACCACAGAGUUUGCUGAGGAACCAAAGCACGACGAGGGGGCAGAGAAUGGGGAACCGGAGGAGGGGGAGGUUGGUGUAAACGAGCCCGAAGCCAAUGGCUUCGAGCCUUCGAAUAUGAGCUGGGUUGCGGCCGUGCUGCAUCCCAGGCCCGAAGUCGAGCGGUGGGUUGUCCGGGCGGUGAGGCAGAGCAAGGCGGGGGCGGGGACCCAAUGGCCGCUUUUGGAGAAACUGGUAGAGGCGCUGAAAACCGCGGAUGCUUCCAGCCUGGGGGGGAUAACGGAGGACGAGGCGCAGGCGGGCGCCCCUGAGUACCACUCGGUAGAGGCGGAUAAGAGUGCGGACGAGGAAAAGGCGGCGGAAGGGGCCUCCGCCGAUGCAAAACUAGAAACUCAAGCGGGGGACGGGAGGACAGACGCUUCAAGUGCCAAGCUGGCAGUUGAGGCAAACAAUGAGCCACAAAAGGGGCCAGCCGAGACCUCCUACGGGAAUGGCGCUACUGGGGGGGAAAUAAGGGCAGGGGAAGCGCCCCCCCCCGAGCGUCGGGCGCGGUCGCCCAGCCAGGACAGUCAGGACAGCUGGGCCAACGGGCGGCGGGGGGGCAGAGCCGAAAAGGGCGAGAGGCCGCCCAAGAGGCGAAGGUACAGCAGCAGCGACAGCGAGGGGGGGCGGCAGCAGGUGCGAUCACCCCCCCGAAAAGGGGAGGUGUUGCGGGGGGUGGGCCAGCCGAGCUGGUACGCUGAGGGGGAUCCGAAGGCGUUUGACGUGUUCCCCGCAUCGCGGCACCUGUGGGUCGGGUCGCUCGUGAAGGGCGUGAACGACGAUAUGUUGCGGCAGCAGUUUGAGCGGUACGGGCCGGUGGAAAAGGCGACGGCGAUCUGGAGCCGGCAGCACGGGUUCAUCGACUUCGUCAAGAUGCACGAUGCCGUCAGGGCGAGGGAAGCGAUGCAGGGAGAGCUGGUUUGGGGCCACCAGAGAUUAGCCAUCCGCUUCUCGGAUGGGGGGCGGAAGAAGUCACCGGAACGGGGGGGCGGGGGCAGCCUUGCGAUCUGGGCGGGAGGGGUGGUGGAUGCGCGGAACGUGACUGUGCUGCUGACCGCCAGCGCUCUGCUGCUGGAGUAUGAGGCGCCGGAGGAUGCGGCGGCGGCGAUCGUGCACAUACGAGCACAGCGGGCCAAAGGAUCAGGCGUUAAGACUGAGCCACCUCCACCGCGCCCACGGAGCCGAAGCCGCGAGAGGCUGCGAUCACGCUCCCGGGAGCGCGCACGGUCUUCUUCCCGCUCUCGUUCCCGGUCUCGGUCAAGGUCUCGGCGGGUCCGGGCCGCCAGCCGCGACAGGGGGGCCGACUCGGAAGACGAUGACGUGUUUACCAACCCGCCAAGCUUGUGGGUGGGCCGCGUGGAUGCGCACGUGUCGGAGGACGAGCUGCUGGGCGCAUUCCGGCAGUACGGCCCCGUCAUCGACUGGCGCUUCCUGCGCCACUCGCAGUGCGCGUUCAUCAACUACGAGCACCCGCGCGAGGCCGCCGCCGCAAAAGACAGCCUCAGCGGGGCCCAGUUCGGCGGAAUGCAGAUCAACAUCGAAUUCAAGCGGCCUCGUACGCGCGGACGAAGCCCCGACCGCUUCGCUCUCCGCGCGCGGGGGUUCGUUUCCGGGGGGGAAGGCCGGGCCACGAACACGCUGUGGGUGGGGUACCCCCCGAAGAGCAAUCCGGAUCUGCCGACGGAAAGAGAGCUGGAGCGGAUGUGCGACAAUGCUGCGGGGACGAAGGGGAGCGUGACGAACAUGAGGAAUAGCCGGACGGUGAAGGGCCCGUGCUGGUUCGUGGAGUUUAGUAGCGUGGACGCGGCAAGCGCGGCGCUGGAGGUGCUGCGGAGGAAACUGGACGCGAGCAUGCAGGUCAAGUACAGCAACUCAGCGCAGUCGCUCGAGAAGACUGAGAUCCAGCAGGCGCAGCUCGCGCGCUCGGAGAGCGGCCGCGACCGUCGCGACCGUUCCCGCGAGCACGACCGCCGGCGCGGCGGCCCCGACGAGCCACUGCGCCGCGACGCGUCGCACCGGCGCGAGUUCUCCUACUCUCCGCUGCACGAAAGGGGCCGAAGCCGCGGGGAGGAAGGGGCGAAGCGGGGAAAAGAGGCGACCACAGAAGCGGAGCUCGACGCGAAUCUGGUCGCCGAACUAGAGUCGGUGGCGGUGUCCCCCGGGGAGAAGAAGAAGCGGGCGGGCGACGGGGACCUUGCGGCGCGCGUCAAGGAGCGGCUGCGGCAGAGCCUCGAGAAGAAGCGCGAGGAGGCGCGCCACGUGGGCGCUGACGUCAGCACGGGGGUUGCCGCACCGGCGGAGAACCCUGCGGCCCCCGAGGCCUUGCAGAGGCCGCCUUUCAGGGCGCCAGGCCCAGAAGCCGUGACGCCCGCCGGUCCGCCCCCCGGUUUACAGGGCCCUUUUAGCCCCGCAGUGGUUCCCCCGAACCUGCAAACUCCCUCAGCUGCAAUCGGGGCGGCAGGUUUCGGCGGGGGUUUUCAAGCAGGGUUACGGGCAGACAAUGGUGGGGCCAGCGGGAGGGGGAGCGUUCUGUGGGAAGGCCCGCUGUGCAAAAGUGGCGCGCCGUACUGUCGGGUGGCUAUGGUCGCGGAGAACGUUCCGGGGUGCUGGUACGAAGGGGCCAUUCACGAGCCUGCCGGGUGGCCGGACCGGCUCGACAUAACCAAGCGCUCUGACCUGCGGGGUCUUUUGGAGGUGACGCUGCGCGGUGCAGCCAGCACGCAGAAAGAGGUCUGCCGCCUUAUUGUGACUGACGAGAACAGCGGACAGGGGUUCGGUGCUCUAGUGGAGUAUCUGACUUCCCGGGAAAGAGCAGGGGUGGUCUCGCUCCCCCCAUACGCGCCCGGCCGUUGGCCUCGUCAUCUCCACGUCAUCCCCUGGUCCGCUCAGGCGUGCGCCCUGCUCAAGGUGCCAGAAGAACCCCGCAAGUGCCUGCUCGGCCUGGCCCUGCCGGCUAGCGCGCUCGUGCCGUCAUCUAACCCCAAGCAGGAGCAGGUAAAGAAAGGCUAAAAAUAUGGCGCAUGUGGUUUCCAGGUUAACGGUCAGAGCCGGGGUUGUGCUUUGUGCCAGAUUUUGAAGCCUGCUGGAUAUUAGGAGCUGCGCAUUCACGAUCUCGCAAGAGCGUGUGAAGCAGUAGCCUGAACACUGGCACUUGCAGCUUCAGAUUGAUACCAGAUGAUGGGGAUACAACUCAAUGAAUCGCAAGAGUGUGGCCCUCAUUCAUGUGUUUUGUCUAUACGUGAUCGAAGUUCUCAAAGCCUCG